UGAUUGGGUGUUCUUAUCAUGCAGUUGUGCGGGGGCCGCUCAGCCGCUGAGGGGGAUAGUUCUCAGACUCGGCAUCCAAAGCUGAGCUGUCAAACAAUCCAACUCCAACUUGCUUUCCAAAGGUGCGCUUUCCAGUGAAGCGACUCACCCGAGCCCGACGUCCAAAUCCGCGACGAGCGUUCAACGAUGCGUCUCCUCAACGCGAAAACCCUUGAGCUGGCUCAGUUUGCGGGGGAGAUUCCUCCUUACGCCAUCCUGUCGCAUACGUGGGGAGCGGAGGAAGUGAGCUUCUCAGACAUCACGUCGCCCGAGCGAGACAAAAAGAAGGGAUACGCCAAGAUACUCGGAUGCUGCCGCCAGGCCCUCAUGGACACGCUCGAAUGGGUCUGGGUCGACACUUGCUGCAUCGACAAGACGUCGAGCGCCGAGCUCUCCGAGGCCAUCAACUCAAUGUUCGCCUGGUAUCAAGGCGCGCAGGUCUGCUACGUGCAUCUCGAAGACGUACUGGCCUCCCAUCCGGGCUUCGUGUUCCCGGAACAAGAGUUCCGCGCCGCCCGCUGGUUCACCCGCGGCUGGUGUCUGCAGGAGCUCAUCGCGCCAGCAACGCUCGAGUUUUACACGGCCGAUUGGCACAACAUUGGGUCCAAGUUCAGCCUCUGUGGGCUGAUCGAGGAGAUCGCGACCAUCCCCGGACGGGCAGGACCCGAAGCCUUCCAGUUUGAGAGCAGGGAGAUGUACCUGGCCAUGGCGCCGAGCGCGGUUUUGCCCUUGUUUUCAGUUGUCCCCUCUUCUGCAGGAGAGGCUGCAGGCAUCGAUGUCGUGCUUUCAUGUUCGAAAACCGCUGCUAUCACGAUAAGGGGGACCACCCCCUUGCUUCCUCUCCGGCUCAUGUCCUCGGAUGCAACGACUGAUAAGCCUGUCACCCAAGGUUCUACACAGUUCUGGCGUGCCAAGGACUCGACUGGCUCCCUCCAGCUUCCAAUAUCGUUGACCUUGUUGUUCAGUCUUGAUGGAAAAACCGGGGCCGCGGACUUCCCGUCGUCGCAACAAGCCGUCGAGGUUGACCUAGCCGUUGUUCGCCGUAUUAUGCAUCCACUGCGAUGGACAUGCACCAUCAAGGAGGACCAUAGCCUGCAGGACAAGCGGAUGGUCACUGACGUGCCCACCAUUCUCAAACACCCCGUUGCGAGCGACAGGUCGGUUCUCACACUACGAAAUGGAGACACGGCUGUCGCCGUCAUCAAACACGUGUUGCCCAGCAAAACAUCGAAACCAUUUGUGGAGAAGAGUACCCGCCCGCCAACAACCUCCUAAUGUCACGGGACGUGACAGUGGUUCAUGUGCACGCUUGCGAGUUCGGUUGUCAGCCGAACAUCGUCCUACCUUUUCAGGUAUGGUUUGGCGGAGUGGUCAGGCGU